AUGGGAGGCUUUGUGACUAUUCUCGGGACUGCGCUCCCAUUUCAUAUUUUGUCAUAUGGCACACUCCUUGGAACGGAGCUGUAUCAGAGCUUUGUCAACACCAAAGUCUGCUUUCAAGAAUUACCAAUGCGCGAGUUCUUGAUCUUGCAGAGACGAGUAUUUCCCGUCUACUUCAAACUGCAAGUAGGUCUGGCCAUGUUGACCGCUGCAACUCAUCCCUCUCGCUCGAUACUGUCACUGGCGCGUGACCCCUGGGGUGCUGUCCCACUGGCAGUCGUCAUCGGAAUGGGGACUUUGAAUUGGCUGGUUUACGGUCCUCGAACCACACAAUGUGCGUUUGUGCGCCGUGCUCUGGAUCGUGAAGAGGGUCAAGCCGGCGCUGGUGUCAACGAUAAGAAAGUCUCUCAAGCCAAGCGAAACUUCACCUUCAACCAUGCUAUGUGUAUUCACCUGAAUGCCAUCGCCCUCGUUGCGACAGUUUGUUAUGGGAUGUCACUUGCAAGCCGACUUGAAGUGAAGGUCUAG